AUGUUAUCCGCUUUCCUGUCCGACAGCGGCAGCUGCCAGCUUGUGGGCUGCGUGAACCACAACGGUGCCAGAUGCAAGAUUCCAUGGAAUGGCACGGGCAGCGACACGCGGGCAACCGUCACCUUCACGGUGGCUCCAUCGGCAUGCGUCUACAUUGUGCAGCAACCCGCCUCCGCGUCGAACCGUUUCGGCAACAAGGCGGAGCCGCUCAUCAUAACGUCUGAGGUGGCGCUCAUACCAACAACGACGACGGUGACUGAUGCAAGCACAAGCUCGCUCACGACCAUCAGUGCUUCCACGGCGACCAGCACUCCUAACGUGACGACAAGCUCCGUGCCAGCCUCUACGACUGGGACUGUGCCCGAGACUACGACCACGACCACACCGUGGAAGACUAAGUGCCCAUGUGCAGAUUGGUGCAUGUGGGUGCCGCCUUAUUCUAUGAAAUGGGUGCCAUUCUGUACCGGCUGUCCUCGGUGUUGGGGCUGCCCACCCUGGUGCAGACACCAACUCUUGGAGGUGAGAAGCGAAAACAUGGAUGCAGAUGGAAGGCCAUGGGCAAUGCCGAAGCCCGAGCAACCUACGAAAACAUGGAGCUCGCCAUGUGCGCAGAGAUGCUGCAGUGUACCGUUCGCCCCAGCUGCACCUGCAAAGUACCUCCGAGA